CAGAUUCUGUCCCGGGCCGGACGCUAACAUCAUCCUUUCAUGACGCUGUCAUCCCCUGUCCAUUCGCAGAGGUGACACUUUACCCACACAACCAUGGGCUCCGGGGAGAGUACAACCAGGAAGGUGUCGUUCGGCGUGGACGACGAGGACAGGGUGCGGAUUCUCCGUGGAGUCAAGCUGUCAGAAGAUGUUCUAACGAGGAUGAAGGGAGUAGCCAACUUUGCUCCAGUGCGCACACCAUCAACAAACUCAAGCGCUCAGAAAGACACAGGUGCCUCUGGCAGUGCCAGCUCAAGCCCCCCCCCUCCGCAGAGCUCACCGCGCCGCGCCCAACCGAGCCCCCCGCCCAGCACCCCACCCAGCACCCCACCCAGCACCCCGUCCAGCACCCCGUCCAACACUACCAAACCAGACACUAAAGACGACCAGAGGAGGUUUGAGAAAAAGCAGACAAUACCUAACGAGGAGCUGGCCAAGAAGGCACAGAAAGAGAGAGAGGCAGCGAGGCAGGAGAUGACUAAAGCCAUGACCCGGGAAAGACAACACACACGACAGGAAGCUGAGAAGGCCAAACAACUGGUUCAGAAGCUACAGAAGAAAGAUGCCCAGCUCACAGCAUUGGAUGCCUUCUACAAGGAACAGCUGGCACAACUGGAGAAGAGGAAUCUGGAAAGAUACGAACAGAGCAAGGACCAAUUCCACGAAGCUGCCUCCAAGACUGAAGAACACGUGAGGCCUCGUAACACAGACCCAGUGUGUCUUGGCCUGCAGACUCAGAUUUUAUCCUGCUUCAAGAACAACGGAGACCAGACUCUAAAGUGUUCAGACCUCGCCAAAACAUACAUGCAAUGUAUCAACGCUGCAAAGAAGAACCUGCAGGUCAACCACGGAUGAAGAGUGGGAGGGAAAGGGUAAAACAGACGAAGGCUUUUACUUUAGCACUAAGAGCAGAAAUGGUUGCACUCCUGUUUUGACUUUUGAGAGAGUUGAUUUGCUGUCGGCAUGCCUUGUGUUGAAUAUUUUCAAAUGAUGCUAUUUAUCUGCGGUGUAAUCCGCUGCCAUUGCUCCACUAUUCUGCACUGCUACAUUUUACAGGGAAGCUUUUGAACGAGUGUGUGUAUUUGGUUCACGGUCUGAGUCAGAGAGGUGUUCAGAUACAGUCAGGGUCACUCCUCCGUCAGCUGAAUAGAGUUCGGUCCACGUCCAAACCUCUGCUGCUUUUUGUCCUCGAGAACGCAGAAAGCAUUCAGGCUGGAGCUGAAUCGGGCACUUGGGGAUCGUCCUUGCUCUGAUCUCAGACUGAAAAAACUGAUUGAGUGGAUUUGCUUUUCAAGUUUUUUAGUUUGUUUAAUGUUUUUUACCACAAAGGAACAAGCUCAGGUGCUCCUGGCCAUGACUUUAAUUCAUUAGACCUGUGAUGUAAUAUAUGAUUUUAUUAAAACCAUUCAUACCUGG